UGGCAAAUGGGGAUCAUGGCAGCCAACCAAUUGGGAUUUGACUCCGUGUACCAAUGGUUACCAGACCAGACACCGCUAUUGUGACAGUCCAUCCCCGGCCCACGGCGGAGCUUCUUGCAAGGGGUAUAACUCACAGCAAAAGGACUGCGAUGAAUGUUCUCUUGGCUUAGCAGGAUGUGAACAUCUAUGCGAAAAUCUACAUCCUCCCCAAAUGUAUAAGUGUCGCUGUCGUUACGGCUAUAGACCUUCGCCAACAGAUUCGAAAAGAUGUGUUGUGCACAGUUGUCCACCUUUGAUUCCACCACUGAACGGUGAAAUCUUGCCCGUUAGUUGCAAAAACAGAACUAUGCAUAAUCAAACGUGUGUUUACAAAUGUAAUCGUGGGUUUAAAGGGAUAGGAUUGAGCUCGAAAAGAUGCGUAGGGGGAAACUGGCCGGAAGAUGGAUUUCACUGCCAAGUUAGCGAUUGUCGACCAUUGCGAAAACCGGAUAAUGGUCAAAUCUCUCCUUUGGUUUGCACAACAAUGCCACUGCACAAUCAGAAUUGUUCCUACCAAUGUAACAGAGGCUUCAGACCCAUUGGAUCAACAAAUGUUAUCUGUGAAGAUGGACAAUGGAACGCGACUGGAUUUUAUUGCAAAGAUGUUGAGCCCCCUUCAUUCGGAGACACUUGUCCAUCUCCACAAAGUGUUAUGGCAGACAUAGGGACUACCUCAGCCAAAGUCAGCUGGGGACUUGUUAAAGUUACAGACAACAGUUACUCUAAUACUGGCGUAUUUGCGUCCCCUAAAGUUUCGUCUCCACACGUGUUUCAAGAAGGAAACCAUACCGUGACCUACACUGCCACCGACACAUCAGGAAAUACCAAUUCGUGUCAUUUCAAAGUUACUGUGAAAGUGCUUCGAUGUCCUGCACUCCUACCCCCUAAGAAUGGCAAGCUGGAGAAUGCGGCUUGUGGGAAUGUUUAUGGAAGAGUUUGUCGCUUAGCUUGUAGCAAGGGUUUUCAAAUAAAGGGAUCCGUCGAAAGAAAAUGUGACAAGAAAAAUGGAACAAAUAUCGUGCACUGGACAGGAAGUACAACUUCCUGUAAAGCUAUCCGCUGCCCUUCCUUGGACACUCCAGUUAACGUGGUAAAAUCAGGAUAUGGCUGUUCUGGUUCAAACUCAAGCUACGGCACUUCUUGUUUCUUCACUUGCAUAACUGGGUACGAGGCCACUGGAGGAUCACAGAAACGAACAUGUCUCGAUACAAGACAUUGGAGUGGAACUGAACUUCAGUGCCAAGUCAUUAAGUGCCGCACCCUGUUUAUAAAGUCCGAGGGACUAGGCAUUAGUCCAGUAUCAUGCACCAAUACAAGUGCUGUCAUUCCUUACAAGUCCCAGUGCCAUUUCACUUGUAAGAAUGGAUAUCAACAGCAUGGGCCUGGGAUAAAAACUUGCAGCCAGUUCAAGACUUGGACUCCAAUAGGAAAUCCAUGGUGCAAAGACAUCUCACCUCCAGCCUUCUCAAACUGUCCAAAGAAUAUUGCUGUCACAGCUGACAGAGGCACUGAGUCGGCGAAGGUCAAAUGGUCCCAUCCAAACGUCACAGACAACUCUGGCUUCAACCCAAACAUUACUCAUUUUGGAAAACAGCCUGGGGAGAUAUUUGCUGCUGGAGAACAUAACGUUCGGUAUUUAGCCAGCGAUAAGUCUGGAAACAUAGGAGAAUGCAGGUUUAAGGUCCUUGUCUCAGUUCUUCGAUGUGUGCCAAAACUUGAUGCACCAUCAGGAGGAACUUCAAAAUGCAGCAAAAGCAAUCGAUAUGGAUCAGAAUGCUCGUUUUCUUGUUACACUGGGUACAAUAUUACAGGCUCUUCCCAGAGGGUCUGCGAAAAGGACGCAGUGACUAGCUUGGGAUUUUGGACAGGAAACGAAACAAAAUGCGAUCUGGUCAGGUGUCUUCGCCUUGUACCCCCACCACACAGUAUACAGUCUGGUUGUGGAGGUGGCUCCUUACACAAUACAUAUGGUGACAAAUGUCUUUUAUAUUGUGAUGUCGGAUACCAGUUGGCAAAUGGAUCCACCGAGAGAGUUUGUCAGGCUAACGGCACGUGGUCCGGAGAGCCUCCGUAUUGCCAAGUUGUACGUUGCAAAGCCCUGAAGCCCACAAUGAAUGGUCUCCUGUCUCCUCCAUCUUGUCAAGUGUCGCCAGAGUACGAUACAGUGUGUCAAUUCAGCUGCCACCGAGGUUAUGUCCUGUACGGGGAGCCUGUGGUGACUUGCCUAAGUGACAAACAGUGGUCAAAAAAUACAACUAUGAUUUGUAAAGACGAGGAGAGCCCUUCCUUUGGUUUCACUUGCCCCAGUGACAUCAAGCGUUACGCGGAUAAGGGAAAAAACUAUACAACGCUGACCUGGCCCACUGUCGUCGCCACUGACAACUCUGGAAAGAAACCAAAUUUAUCUUCAAGUGGCGUAAAGAGCGUAUACUACAAUGGAAAACAUGAGGUUGUUUACAACGCCUCAGACGAUUCCAUGAAUUACAAGAUCUGCAGAUUCCACAUUUUAAUUACGGUUCUACGAUGUCAGAGACAGGGUCCUCCAGUAAAUGGCUUUUCAAUAGGUGAUUGUGAUAACAGCUACGGUUCUACCUGCAAAUUUGGCUGUAAUGACGGCUACAACUUAAUUGGACCAGCUAACGUUACAUGCUUGAAAAAACUAGGUCAUAUCACUGGGUACUGGGACAAACCUUUUCCAGUAUGUAAAGUACGGUCAUGUUCCUCCCUAAUCGCACCAGACGAUGGUUUUAUUUAUCCCCACACUUGCACAUCAUUUCCGAGCAGCGGAACUACUUGCCACUUUGAGUGCAGGAAUGGUUAUGGAAGCAAUGGAGGUGUCAGUCAGAUGUAUUGUGGCCUAGACGGAAAGUGGAAUGGAACUGAAUCGUCAAUCCUGAAAUGCCAUGACGUAACGCCACCCGUGUUCCUGAGGUGUCCCACACAUAUCCGGGCAAGCUUAAGUAUUAACUCUACUGUGCUGGUCAAUUGGACUGAGCCUAUCGCAUUGGAUAACAGUAAUCUGGCUCCAAAUGUGACCGUGGCUCCGCCAGGGAUUCGUUCGCCCUUCACGUUUAAUGAGACUACCCUUCUUAUCUACACUGCAUUGGAUGGAAGUGGGAACAAGAGGCAGUGUUCAUUUAAAGUUAUCAUUACGGAUGAAGUAGGACCUGUCGUUACCUACUGCCCACCAGAUCAAAAUAUCACUGCGACGCAAAUGAAAGUAUUAGUGACGUGGACCAACCCACAAUUUAAAGACAACAGCAAUGAUCCCUUAACCAUCCAUUGCAGUCAUCAAAGCGGAACUGAGUUUUACUGGGGAACCUGGAACGUACAUUGUGUUGCGUACGAUAAAAACCCAAAUAAUCAACCAGCUGUUUGCCAGUUUACUUUGAUAAUAAAACCAAAAGACUGUGUGGAUAUGAAACCUCCCAAAAAUGGAGCAAAGGCCUGUGAUGACUGGAUGUUUGGUCGGUUUUGCGCUCCACUCUGUAACAACCUAUGGGACUUUGCUCAACCGUUGCGUGCAAGCAUAUGGGCUUGCGGAAGCUCUGGGAAGUGGCUUCCAACCUCUCGCUGGCCGGAUUGUUCAAAAAUAUAUGGGCCCAACAAUGUGAGAAUGGCUAUGUAUUUGCAUUACUAUAAUGGCGAUUGCAGUACUCCAGAAGCCCAAAUGGAAAUAAAACAGAACUUCAUCAAGAUACUCAACGGGAGUAUUUUCAAAGAGGUCUGCCAAGACCCAUCUCUAAAAGACAAGUGCAAGGUUGAUAAUGUCAAAGUCACGUGUGCUGUGGUCAAAGAUAAAGGAAGGAAUAAACGUGACGCAGGCCAGUAUGAUCGCUAUGGACGAGUACGACAGUUAAUUCCACAAACAGAGAUCUCUGUUGAUAUUGUUGUGAGUCUCGAUGGCAUUAAAGCAAAUGAAAGUAAAGAAGGACGGGUUUGGAUUGGAGAUGAAGGCAUAAAGGUCGCCAAAAACAUCACCAGCUCGCUUCAAAGUUCAGUCAGCAAUGGCAGCCUGAGUCUUACUAUCAAUGGCACAAUAUUUAUACCGGAUAAGCAGUCGCUCAACAUUUCAGAACCGAAACGCUAUUGCAGUAGUGGGCAAGUUUACAAAGAUGGAUAUUGCUUGAACUGCACGACUGGAACAUACUUCUACAACGACACUGGGACAUGUAAUGACUGUCCUAUAGGAACAUAUCAAGAGUUUGAAGCACAAGAGCACUGUUCUGUGUGUCCACCGCAAACUUCCACGACGAUGACAAGAACAGAACAACUAUCCGACUGUUUAGCUUUAUGUCUGCCUGGGACAUAUUCCCCCACUGGAUUAGAACCGUGUAUAUCCUGCGGUAAGGGCUUUUAUCAAGAAAUAGAAGGACAGAGAGCCUGCUUUAAAUGUGGCGUAAACAAAACAACUUCCAAAGAAGGAUCCAAUAGUUCAAUGCAGUGCAGAGUGCCGUGUCCUCCAGGAUCAUAUUCUCCGACUGGAUUGGCUCCUUGCACUUUGUGCAAUAAGCUCUCAUUUCAGCCACAGAGUGAGAGUCGUUCAUGUUUUCCUUGUCCAGGAACAACAAUAACGAAUAUGUACGGAUCAAGAAACUCUCAGGACUGUAUAGAAAUCGAUGAGUGUGAUACUAGCCCAUGCAGCAAUGAUUCCACAUGCACAGACCUAAUUGGCGACUUCUUAUGCUCAUGUAAACCGGGCUACACUGGAAAGCAAUGUGACACCAACAUUGACGACUGUAAAGAACAACCCUGUUUUAACAAUGGUACAUGUCAUGACAUGGUUGAUAAUUAUACUUGCUCAUGCGCUUAUGGUUACCGAGGCUAUAAUUGCGAAGAAGACAUCGACGAGUGUGCCUCAUCGCCUUGCACUAACAUUGCUUCUUGUGUAAAUCUUCUCGGAGGAUUCAGUUGUCGGUGCGAACCCGGUUACUCUGGCAAACUGUGUGACACGGACAUUGAUGAAUGUCUCAUAUCUCCUUGUCAGAAUGGAGCUACAUGUAGAGACAAAAUAAAUAAUUAUGAGUGUAUCUGUGCUGCGUCAAUAGUUUCAUUUGAGCGUGCCCUACUGGGUUUACAGGUACGCAGUGCGAAGUUAACAUUGACGACUGCAAAGAUGCCUCCUGCGCAAAUGGUGGUUUUUGUAUAGAUCUCGUGGGCAACUACUCAUGUUUAUGCCCAGAAGGUUUUCUAGGCUCCCGCUGUGAAAGCCAAAUCGAUUAUUGUAAAAAUUCAAAUUGCACAAAAAAUGGAUACUGCGUCAACUCUCCAACAGGAUUUAAUUGUCAAUGUGGCAGUGGAUAUUUUGGAAAAUAUUGCGAAUAUGAACUGGAUGAGUGCCUGGCGAGGCCGUGUUUUAACAAUGGUACCUGUUUUGAUGUCCCAGCCAAUUUCACUUGUACCUGUUUGGAUGGAUACUCGGGAAGGUUCUGUGAGGUGAACAUAGAUGAUUGUGCUCAUAAUUCAUGUCUCAACAAUGCUACAUGCAUUGACAUAACCCUUGGAUAUUACUGUGACUGCUUGAACGGUUUUAACGGGACGUUCUGUCAAACACAAAUCGAUGAGUGUGAAUUUGACCCUUGCAAGAACAAUGGCACCUGCAUCGAUUUGACCCCAGGGUACAGCUGUAAGUGUCCAGAACAGUUUAAUGGAGAGAACUGCGAAUACGCGAUUGACGUUUGCAUUUCUUCCCCCUGUCAGCACGGAGGCAUAUGUAAAGCUGAGAAUUAUUCAGAAGACUUCAACUGUACAUGCAAACCUGGCUUUACAGGAUCUGUAUGUGAAGAAGAUAUUGACGAUUGCAUUUCAAAUCCUUGUGAAGCCAACGCCUAUUGUAUUGACAAGGUGAACGAUUUUAAGUGCGAAUGCUACCCUUCCUACUCAGGAGACAACUGUGAGAUUUUUCUUUCCAGCAACUUUGACCUGAUAUUUAAACGCCAUACGACAGAGGACAUGGUUUUCUUAACAGACGGUAGAGAUAUUCCGAACAUGACAAGUCUUACCCUUGUCCAAUUUGUGCGAGCAGACUCCAGAUACACGUCAGGCACGCUAUUCAGUUAUAGUGUUCCCGGGACCCCAGACGACAUCAUCAUACUGUCCUUUACAGAGUCUCAACUUGUCCUGACCAUUAAGGAAGAAAUAAUGAUGGCCAAUUACAAGUUAGCAGACGACAAAUGGCAUUUCGUUGGAGUCAUAUGGGAUGGAAGCCUCGAAAGAGCUUCCAUUUACAUCGACGGCAAGGAAUUAAAAACGAUGGACGGCAUGAAAAGCAAUAUCAUUGUCAGAGGAGAGGGAUGGAUUGUACUUGGUCAACGUUAUCUUGCCGAAGAAAAGACAGCAUCCCUUAAAACAGCCUUUGUUGGCACACUGCAUCAAGUCAACGUUUGGAAUGUACCAGGCACUUCUUACCACAUGUGGAACGCAGCUCACAACUGUUCCUGGCCUAUAGCAGGAAGUUUGAGGGCAUGGACCAGUUUUUUACCAGGGAUUAAAGGAGGGGUGGAAAAGAGCUUUUUGACUAAAUGCAGAGCCCUGGUUACGUGCUCUAACUGCACUCAUUUUCGUCACUGUGAGUCUCGUGAGGGAAUGUAUGAUUGUGACUGUGAGGCUGGAUUCACAGGACUCCUCUGUGAUAUCAAUAUUGACGAGUGCAGCUCGAAUCCUUGUUUUAAUGGGAAGUGUGUUGAUGGAGUGGGUAGUUUUGAAUGCGUCUGCAACAAGGGAUAUUUUGGAAACAACUGUGAAAAAAAGAUCGUCAACGAGGAAGAAUGCCCGGUAAUAGAAAAGCCCAGUAACGGAAAACGCUCUUGUCGUAAAGUGUCAGGUGAAAAAAUUUGCAUCAUGUCCUGCAAUA